GUGGAUAGUGGUGAAAUCGCGUGGCGCCAGGUCCUGUCUUGUUUCUUGACGGUCAUGAAUAGCUCCGGCUUCGUUUCGUCUUUCGCGCUAUUUCAAGGGACGUGGCAGAAGUCACUCUCGCGGUCCGCUUCUGAUAUCGCUUGGAUCGGAUCGUUCGCGCUUUUCCUAGGUCACGCUAUUGGAAGCGCGUGCGGAUAUAUGGUACAUCCGAAGUACUUUCGUUUCCUCAUGAUUUUCGGCGGUUUCAGUGUCUGUCUUUGCAUAUUCCUCACCUCUAUCUACGACGAUAGUUAUGGGUACUUGGUCAUCGUCCAGGGCAUUGGAAUGGGCAUAGGCAAUGGACUGCUACUUGCGCCCUGCACUUCACUGAUUUCACAACAUUUCGUCAAGCGACGAAAGCUUGCCUUGGCUCUCUACAGUUGUGGAGCUCCCUUUGGUGGCGCCAUGUUUCCUCUUGUAAGCAAUCGCCACCUCAAGCCCAUGAUUGGAUUGAAAUGGACCCUUCGGGACAUUGGAUGCUUGACUAUUUUCACCUCCAUCCUGGCCGCCGGCCUGGCAUCACCGAGACAUGUACAGCGUGAGGGUCCACUGAUAGACCUGAAAGCAUUCCGAGAUCCAACAUAUUCUCUCUUUACAGCCAGUACCUUCUUCACGUUCCUGGGUCUGUACAAUGUCUAUUUCUACCUACCGAUUUGGUGGCAAACACAGCUCGGUGUCUCCGAGGAUGAGUCCUUUUUCUGGCUGGUGAUAUGCAAUUGUGCCGGCAUCGUAGGGCGCCUCGUGCCUGCGCUCGUGACCGAGAGAUAUUAUUGGACAUUCUUCAUGCUGUACAAACUGUUCAUUGUACUCACGAUGGUGUGCUUUUGGUGGCCCACUCAGAACAACCGGGAGGCUUUCAUCUUCUCUACCGUCAUGUAUGGGUUCUGUGCAAAUGCGGCACAGUCGUUCUAUCCUACAGCCCUGUGGACUCUCUUUUCAGAGGCUCGUACUGAUUAUCGCUUGAUCGGCGCGCGAAUUGGAAUGACGUUCUUGGUUGGCAGUUUGGCGUGUCUGAUCGGUCCACCGAUUGCCGGGGCGAUUAUGGAUUACAACGAUGGGAAAAUGCUCGGGCCCAUGAUCUUCUCAGGCAUUGCCAUUGGUCUAGGGUGUCUGCUGUUGGGCGCAUCG